UCCCGCUCCUGUCCCCGCUCUCCUGUUGCCGCUGUCCCGCUCCUGUCCCCGCCGCAUCCCGCGGGGAGCGCCCCUGGGGGCUCAGACUUGGGAGAAGCCGCCGGCAUUAAUUAGCGCGGCUCAGGAACGGGAUGAGCCCGCCGGGUAAUCCCGCCGGGACAGGCAGAGCCCGGCUGCCCGCAGCGCCGUCCUGGAGCUCCGGGGCUGCUCUUUUUAGCUUCUAAACCGAAAAUUGGACAAUCUCACGGGGCUCGGGCAGGGGGAAGCGGAGCUGGCGGAGCGCUGGGGCUGCCGGGGUUUGGGGUGCCGAAAAGGAUGUCCCAUGCCCGUGCCUUGCUGCCCCACUUUGAAACCAGGAUGAAAGCCCAUCCUGGAACACAACUCACUGACAGGCAGAGGGGUUGAGCCCUGUAGCCCACUCCUGGCCCACCGGUGUCCCCAGCCACUGCAUGUAGGGUCGCAUGGGUGGUUUGGGUACAUGGAUCCCUGUACGGGGGCACUUUAGGGUUCGGGGUGGUCCUUGCGUGCAGGAAAGGAGACGAAAGGCGUGGAGCACCCCGAGCACUUUUCCUUCCUUCCUGGCCUUGGCCUUGGCUCAGCCCUUCCUCCUUCCUGGCCUGGCUCCUUGGCUCUGUCCUGCAGCCUGGAUGGGCUCCUGGGGGCUGCCACUCCAACCCGCUCCCUGCAGGUCCCCCCUCUGCCGGACGCUGACCCCCCCAGAGCCCCGACAAGCCAUGGAGGGAGAGCCCACCCUGCGCCUCCGGAUCUUCGACCUCAACUGCUGGGCCAUCCGGUACCUGAGCAAGCGGCGGCAGGAGCGCGUCCGGCUCAUCGGGGACACGCUGUGCCACGAGGGCUUUGACCUGGUGCUGCUCCAGGAGGUGUGGAGCGAGCAGGACUACAGUGACCUGAAGGUGAAGCUAGCAGGCUGUUAUCCCUUCUCCCAUUACUUCCGCAGUGGGGUGAUCGGCAGCGGCCUCUGCGUCUUCUCCAGAUUCCCCAUUCUGGACACACUCCUCUACCAGUACUCACUGAACGGGUACCCCUACAUGCUCCAGCACGGGGACUGGUUCUGCGGCAAGUCCGUCGGUCUUGUCAUUAUGAAGAUCUCGGGGAUCAUCUUCAACAUCUACGUCACCCACCUGCACGCCGAGUACUGCCGGGACAAGGACGCCUACCUGCCCCACCGCCUGGUGCAGGCCUGGGAGCUGGCACAGUUCAUCCGACACACCUCAAAGGCAGCAGAUGUGGUGCUGCUGGGAGGGGACCUGAACAUGCACCCUGAAGAUGUGGGCAUCCGGCUGCUGCGGGGCUGGACGGGGCUGCGGGACGCCUUUGCUGAGGCGGCGCACUUUGAGGGCUGUAAGAACGGCUGCACCCUCAUCCCUGACAACUGCUUCGCUGCCAAGUCAGAGCUGCUGCCCUUCCCGCUGGGCAUCCGCAUCGACUACAUCCUCUACAAGGCCAUCUCCAGCUUCACAGUGAAGUGUGCAGAGCUGAAGACCACCAUGGGGCGAGCCCCAGGCGUGGACAUCCCCUUCUCAGACCACGAGGCCGUGAUGGCAACACUGCACAUCCAGAGGCAGGGACAGCCUGCAGGUGCCACCCUUGGCACAGCUGACCCUGCACUGGCAGAUGUGGUGACAGAGGCACGGACAGAGGUGGGCGUGGGGCUGCAGGCGGCGCGGCGGCAGCGCUACUCCUCGGGCAGGAUGGCCGUGCUGGCCCUGCUGCUGCUGCUGCUCCAGGCCCUGGCUGCGCUGGGCACACUGGCUGGACUGGGCACAGAGCAGCCCUUCCCCAAGCUCUCCUUCUGCCUGCUGGCCUUCCUCGCCCUCGGCGUCCUCAUCCUCGCCAGCGGUCUCCACCUGUUCCACACCAUGGAGGUGAAGAUGCUGCACGGCACCGAGGACCAGAUGUGGAUGGUACUGAGGGCCCUGCAGGAGCGUCCCAGCGAAGGCUGAGCUGAGGCUCUGGGUGUCCCACAGUGUCCCCUUGGUCACACUAUGUCCCCCAUUUCAUCCAGCAUCAGUUCUUAGGCAAGCAGCACUGCAGCAAUGCAGCAGUGCAGGUUUGGCAGCUGCCUCUGGGUGAAAUUAAGGUUUUUGGGGUAGAUUUAUUGCAUUGACCCCUGUGAGAACCACAACGGAGGCAGAUUUUUAUUGCUGUCUUUUUAAAUACACUCUUUUGUACAUGGAGGGGCCCUCUGGCCUGGCUGGAAGGCUUGAGACACUGAGGCUCCCCUUGCCUGGGGCAGCCUCAAAUUUUACACUGGUGGCUGCUCCAGCAACCAGUCCUGACUGAUGGAAAAUAAAGGCGAUAUUUUAAC